AUGUCUACCCCCGAGAACUCUGCGAAGCAGAGCGGAUUUUCCCCGGCCAAGCGCCACGAGGAAUACCAAUACCUUGACCUCGUUCGCGAGAUCCUCGAGGAGGGCGAGCAUCGGCCAGACAGAACCGGCACCGGAACGUAUUCUAUCUUCGCCCCUGCCCCACUCAAGUUCUCUCUCAACAAGAACGGCAAACCUCUCCUUCCCCUCCUCACUACAAAGCGCGUGUUCCUUCGCGCCGUUAUUGCCGAGCUGCUGUGGUUCGUCGAGGGCAACACAUCUUCUCUGCCGUUGAGCGAGGCGGGCGUCAAGAUUUGGGACGGUAACGGUUCGCGUGAGUUCCUUGACAGCGUCGGCCUCUCGCACCGAGAAGUCGGCGAUCUCGGCCCUGUCUAUGGGUUCCAAUGGCGACACUUUGGCGCCGAGUACGUCGACGCCAAGACGGACUACACGGGUCAGGGCGUCGACCAACUUGCCGAGGUUAUCCACAAACUCAAGACAAACCCGUACGACCGCCGCAUCCUCCUCAGCGCGUGGAACCCCGCGGAUCUAAAGAAGAUGGCCCUGCCACCAUGCCACAUGUUUGCGCAGUUCUACGUCUCCUACCCGCGGGCGCGCAGCGCACCCGCCGACGGGGAGAAGCCCAAGGGCCAUCUGCACUGUCAGCUGUACCAGCGGUCCUGCGACAUGGGCCUCGGAGUGCCUUUCAACAUCGCGAGCUACGCGCUGCUGACGCACAUGAUUGCCCGCGCAUGCGACCUCGUCCCCGGCAGCCUGACUCACGUCAUGGGCGAUGCACACGUCUACGCCGACCACGUUGAUGCCCUCAAAGUGCAGUUGGAGCGUGAGCCCAGGGAUUUCCCGCUGCUGGAGAUCAACAACAGGGAGGCCGGGUGCAGCAUUGAUGGGUGGAGGGUGGAAGAUUUUGUGGUCAAGGGGUACGACCCGCAUAAGACGAUUGCCAUGAAGAUGUCCGUGUGA